GUGUGUUUGUCGUAUCCGUCGUAUCUAUGGCUAUGGCUAUGGAAUGAGCCGGUAUGGGCUGAACGGUUUGAAGUCUUUUAGGUUUGAUUUGUUCCGUCGUUGGCAACUUGUUUAUAGUGUGAUGUCUUGCAUCUACUCCAUGGUGUAAGAAAUUGGUAGUAAUCGAAUUUCAGAUUAAUCUCAUAGAGUCAUAAUGGAUAGGACAUUCAACUUCAGGCCAGCAGGUUUCUCAAGUGAUGAGGAUGCAUCAGAUGAAGAAGGAUUCUCAUUUGCCAAUCCAAUUAAGAUUCCGAGAUCCAGGAUGCAGAUACAGACUCCAAACUCAGAGGCCUCUGUGAAUGAUACAGAAUUACUGCAGAUGGCAGCAACCAAUGGAAAUGUACAAGUUCUGCAGUCAAUAAUUGAAAGUAAAGCUUUUCCUGUUGAUUUUGUUAUGCAAGGAUGGACACCCCUAAUGUUUGCUGCCUCAAACUGUCAGUAUGAUGCAAUGGAAUACUUGAUGAAAAAAGGAGCAAAUCCAAAUUUCCACCAUCACUACUACACUGUCUUGAUGAGUGCUUGUGACAGUAGUAAACAAGGUCAAGAUGUAAAAUUGAAGUGUAUCCAACUCCUGUUGGAUUCUGGAGCCAGUGUAAAUAUGAGACAGCACAAUGGAAUGACACCAUUGAUGAUUGCAUGCAAAGAAGGAAGCAAAAAAGUCGUGGAAGAACUGAUAAAGAGAAAUGCAGACAUUAAUGCUCGAGAUGUCAUGGGCUGGACACCACUGAUUUGGAGUGUUCAUCACAGUAAGCAUGGAGAAAUGGAAAUAAUAUUGCUUCUCUUAAAAGCUGGAGCAGAUGUAAGCAUUAAGUGUGGUAGAGGCCUGACUGCACACACUCAUGCCUUGAAUCUGGGUUAUCAUCAUAUUGCUGCUCAAAUCCCUACUGGAGACAUUGAUAUUCCAGUGUCCUUGGAGACUGAGCAUGCUCCUACAAAAAUGGAUUCGUUGAAAUACCUGAGAGAUAAUCUUUGUGGUAUUAAUGGGAAGAAAUGGAUUUUGUGGCAAGAUAUAGCCCGCUGUUUGAAUCACCUUGGAAUGUUUCGUAGGUAUGGCCAUAUUUUCAAGAAAAGUGAAAUGGACUUUGUAAAAUUCUUGACACUCACUGAAGAAGAAUUAGAAGCCCUUUCAGUUAUACCUCUCCACAGGAAACGUUUACUUGACAUGAUACGUAAACUGCAUAUGAAGCGAUGGAAAGAGAAGUCACUUGAUGUGAGAAGCAUUAAAAACAUGCAGAAUGAAUAUAGAAUGGUAGACGAAAUAAAAUUAAUUGCCAACAUAGCACGACAGAUCACUAUGAUUCGUGCAUCUAUUGCAUAUGUUAAAAUACAUAUGUUACCCAGCUGCGAAAGUGAGCCAAAUUUCAGAGCUGAGGAUCUGAAUUUGAAGAUGGUGUCUACUCUCAACAAAGCUAAGGCUUUUCAUAACGAAUUACAAACUUACAUGCAUUACAUUACCACUACUUUCGGUGAUCACAAGUAUCCUCCUGACUGGAUUGGACCCAGCACCAAAUUAAAGAAAUUACAUCAUCCAUUCAUGGUGAUUGCUGUAGCAGUGAGUGUUAUUGGAAUUAUUUUGUGGAGGAAACAUCCCUAUUUCACAUUUCACAGUAAUAUUUUACCACUGUAGGAAGAGAAAGGUAUAAAAAUAUGUGUAUGCAACAAAUCAAAGUAUUUUUUUCACAUUAUUAAAUUUGAGAAUAAAAGGAAAAAUGUGUGAGGAAUUAAAUUUUGUGAAGUAAAUGAUGUCAUGGAUGCAUGAUUAUUAUGUUUAUGGUUAAUAAAAUAUGAGAACAGUUAGGAAAGGAAACAGUUUUU